GACUCAAGAGACUGCGAAGCGACCAAGUAAACACACAAGAUGAUCUGGACCAUUUUUCUGCUUUUCCAAGCGGUGCUGCUCUACUUCAUUCUCACACACAGAUCCAGGUCCAAGAGUGAUCCACCUCUGGACAAAGGAGUGAUCCCAUGGUUAGGCCAUGCUCUAGAAUUUGGGAAAGAUGCUGCAAAGUUCUUGACUCGAAUGAAGCAGAAACACGGCGACAUUUUUACAGUGCGUGUUGCUGGACGCUACGUGACGGUGCUUCUGGAUCCUCACUCAUUUGACACGGUCAUCAACGACUCGGACUCUCUGGACUUUAGCCGCUAUGCUCAGGUGCUCAUGGAGAGGAUCUUCAACCUGCAGCUGCCGCACCAGCAGCCUGCUAAAGAAAAAGCAAUGAUGAGAGAGCAAUUUCAUGGAAUGAAUUUGUCCGCCCUCAACAGCACCAUUAGCAGAAACCUGCAGGCCAUGCUGAAUGCCAAGAUGCCUCAGAACCAGAAAGACUGGAAAGAGGAGGGACUGUUCGACUUCUCUUACAGCUUACUUUUCAAGGCGGGGUACCUGACGCUGUUCGGAGGAGAGCAGAACAACAACAGCACUGAUCCCUCACAUGUCUAUGACGAAUACAAGAAGUUUGAUGGUCUGUUAACCAAACUGGCAAGAGGCAUGCUGACGCCAGAGGAGAAGAGGACAGCUAAGAGUGUGCGGCAGCGACUGUGGGAGCUUCUGGCUCCAGCAGGUCGGACUGAAGGCUCAGGCUCGAGCCCCUGGCUUCAGUUCUACAGGGGAAUGCUGCAGGAGGCGGGUGCUGACGAGGAGAUGCAGAGGAGGGCAGUACUGAUGCAGCUCUGGGCCACACAGGGUAAUGUUGGUCCUGCUGCUUUUUGGCUGUUGGGCUUCUUGUUGACUAAUCCUGAAUCUCUAACAGCGGUGAGGAUGGAGAUGGAGACUUCAGACAAACAUGUGGACACCCCUGUGUUUGACAGUGCCUUGGAAGAGACACUCAGGCUCACCGCUGCCCCUUUCAUCACCAGAGAGGUAGUGCAGGAGAAAACUCUCCACAUGGCUGAUGGCCAGGAGUAUGUGUUGAGAAAAGGAGACCGGGUGUGUUUGUUUCCCUUCAGCAGCCCUCAAAUGGACCCUGAGAUUCACCACGAACCACAGAAAUACAAGUAUGAUCGCUUCCUGAACGCCAAUGGAUCAGUAAAGAGGGAUUUUUAUAAGGCAGGGAGGCAGCUGAAAUAUUACACCAUGCCAUGGGGCGCAGGGGCCAAUGGCUGUGUGGGAAAGCAGUUUGCCAUCAAUACCAUCAGACAGUUUGUGUACAUGGUGCUGACUAACUAUGAUUUGGAGCUGUGUGACCCACUCGCUCCAAUGCCGGAGGUAAAUGCGAGUCGUUAUGGAUUUGGGAUGCUACAACCAGAGCAGGACCUGCUUUUCAGAUAUAAACCCAGAAAAAACAACUUGGACUGAAAAAGAAGCAGAAAACAUUUGUAUUCACAUUUCAACACAUGUACAUUGCCUAUAGUGUCAAUAUGCCCUUUGUACUUUUGUAUUCUAUAUUUAUAUUCUACAGUAUAUACAUAUUGUGUUAUUUAUCAAUAAAUAUGUUGUUUAUGA